AUGCAUUUAUCGAACGAAUUUUUGAUCGGAAUUACAGUUGUUGGUAUCACCGGGAUAUCUUACUUAUUUUCAAAGUACACGAAUCCAUUUACCGGUGAUCGUAAGCUGCAAAAUAUAAAAGACGACUCGGAGGAUGAUGAGCAGUUUUUCGACGCAGAAUCUGGAAGUGAUCGGUUUAUGUCAGAAGAAAACGUAUAUAAUGUAAAUCAAUCUAAACCAAUUUCAGAACUGUAUAAAGACGCAGUAGAAAAACAAGCUUUUGGAGACAUGGAAUAUCAUUUUGAAAAACGUACGAUGAAUAGUUUAGCAUGGAAAUUCAAUAUGUUGGACGCAGCUAUGCAGAAAAUACAAUACAAGGUUGACGAGCAAGCGUUAAUGAUAAAGAGUUUAAAAUUAGGCAUGGCAGGCGUGAGGACUGAUCUGAAGACGUUGAUCGAAAGUUUCAAUGUGUCGAGAACUCAGACGACGUCCGCAGAAAGUAAUAUUAUAAUACAUCAACCCAUACUUACCUAUAUAAUAGUAUUAAACGUUAUUUUUUUAUUUGACGUUCGUUUAGGAAACGCCGAAAAACUUUCGGAAAAACCCAAUAGCUGCAAGCUUGGCAAUUUGAAGACUCGGAUCUUAAUCCUUGAAAGAGAAGUGACAAAAAAUUCUUCACAAAUUAUUGAUAUGGACCAUUCGUUUCGGGCACUGUUGUUGGGCGUGGGGGCCGCUGUGACGUUGCCGGAAGAAAACCGUUUCCACCGAAACCCACCGAACACGUAUUGUCACCGACCUACCACGCCAAAGGCCUCGGCAUUUACACUGGUAGGGUCGCCACCGAUCCCGAGGCCACCGCCUCCACCACCCUCGUUAACCUCAGAUUUUGGGCCACCGCCUCCGCCUCCGCUGCCCCCGACGACCCAUACCCCGGCAUUACAGAUUGGCGAGCUCUGGCAGAAGGAGGAGGGAUCCUCAAAGGUGGCUGGGCCUGACAAAAAGGCCACGACAAAGUACUGUCGGAUACCGAUAACCGAAGAAAUACUUAAGUCGGUCGUGCUGAAGCCACUUAAGCGUACUUAA